UUAUUAUCUUUUGACAGCUGAAUACACCGUUUGUCAAAAGUUGAUUUCUCAACGGUCUACGGUUGUUGCUUUGUAAAAUUUAAUAGGCUUUGUUUUAAUUUUUGUAAUAUUAGUAAUAAUUUAUGGAUUUCCAAGUUUACGGAUGAAUCGGUGUAAGUCAAGAUGCAUAUCAAGUCGAUACUACUGGAAGGCUUCAAAUCGUAUGGAACCCGUGUUGAAAUCACGGGAUUCGACCCCAAAUUCAAUGCUAUCACUGGACUCAACGGCACCGGGAAAUCGAAUAUAUUAGAUUCGAUAUGUUUUGUUCUAGGAAUUACCAACUUAUCAAAUGUCCGUGCAGGCAGUCUGCAGGAGUUGAUUUACAAACAUGGGCAGGCAGGAGUUACAAAGGCCACGGUCAGCAUUACCUUUGACAAUAGGAAUAAGAGCCAGUGUCCCAUUGGCUAUGAAAAUCAAGAUGAGAUUACUGUGACUAGACAAGUUGUGAUGGGAGGCAAGAACAAGUACCUGAUCAAUGGAAUCAAUGUGCAGAACAAGAGAGUGUCGGACCUGUUCUGCUCUGUACAGCUGAAUGUGAACAACCCCCACUUCCUCAUCAUGCAGGGGAGGAUCACCAAAGUCUUGAACAUGAAACCACCAGAGAUCUUGUCAAUGGUGGAAGAAGCAGCAGGUACGAGAAUGUAUGAGUCAAAGAAACAAGCAGCUGAGAAGACUAUUGAAAAGAAGGAUGCUAAACUAAGAGAACUGAAUGAGAUCAUUAUGGAGGAUAUAGCACCAAAACUGCAAAAAUUACAAGAUGAGCGAUCACAGUUCCAAGAAUAUCAAAAGGUGGUACGAGAGUUGGAGAACCUCACCAGACUGUAUACUGCUUGGAAAUAUGUUGAGUCAAAAGAGAAAGCUGUUGAGGCGCAAGGUAAAGUGACAGAAGUACAAAAUGAAGUCAAAACACUGAAGGAGAAGAUUAAGGCAAAUGAGAAGGAAGCAAAGGGGUUAGAUAAACAAGUUAACGAGCUUAACCAACAGUUAGAUCAGGAGAGCGGCAACGUGCUCCGGCAGCUGCAGGGCGAGGUGGCGCAGCUGGAGCGCGCGGAGGCGGGCGGCGCGGCGGCGCUGCGGGGCGCGCGCGACGCGCUGGCCACGCAGCAGGCGCGCGCCCGCCUGCUCGCGCGCGCCCGCGACGACGACGCGCGCGCGCUCGCCGACAAGCAGGCCGCGCUCGACCAGGUUGAGUCCACAUUCGAGGGACUCCGUGAAGCCAGUGAGACCAGCGAAGCAGCUCUGGCAGAGGCUCAGCAGAGGUUUCUCGUUGCCAGUACCGGCCAGGAGGGCGCGUCUGAGUCGCUACAAGACCAACUCAUGGCGGCAAAACAAGAGGCUUCGGAAGCAUCCACGCGUAUAACUCAGAGUACUAUGGAGAAGAAGCAUGCGGAGGAUCGACUUCGUACGCUGGAGAGAGACUUCGCUAGCAGCAGUGAGCAGUUCCAGCGGGACCAGGCCAAAAUUAACAGGCAACAGGCGCAGCUGGAUCAGUUGCUGGCGGAGCGCUCCCGCGUGGUGUACAGCGAGGAGCGGCAGAGCGCGCUGGUGUCGCGGCAGCGCUCCCUGGCGGCGCAGGUUCGCGGUCGCCGUGACGAGGCGGAGCGUCUCGCUGCGCGCCUGCAGCGGUGCAACUUCAACUACACGGCACCGCAACCUAACUUCGACCACAGCAAGGUCUACGGUACGAUUUGCAGAUUGAUAAACGUAAAUGAUCCAGUUUACUGCACUGCUUUGGAAACUGCUGCUGGCGGCAGGCUGUACAACGUGGUAGUGGACACGGACGUGACCAGCAAGCUGCUGCUGCAGCGCGGCCAGCUGCAGACGCGCACCACCAUCAUCCCGCUCAACAAGAUCUCCGGACACGUCAUCGACCGACAGACUGUCGAGCUAGCGCAGCAGAUUGGCGGCGGGCCGGAGAACGUGCAGCUGGCGCUGGACCUGGUGUCGUUCCCGCGGCGCGUGCAGGCCGCCAUGGCGUGGGUGUUCGGCGGCACGCUGGUGUGCCGCGACCUGGACACGGCCAAGCGCGUCACGUUCCACCCGCGCGUGCGCCGCCGCUGCGUCACGCUGGACGGCGACGUGUUCGAGCCCUCCGGCACGCUGGCCGGCGGCGCCCGGCAGCAGGGAGGAUCCAUGCUUGUCCAAUUGCAAGAGCUGAAAGAUUUAGAAGAAACAUUAAAGUCAGACGAGCUUCAGCUAUCGCAAAUGACCGCCGAACUUACCUCGUUGCAGCAAGCUGCAGAAAAGUAUAACACCUUAAAUCAAAGAUACGAAAUGAUGUCCCACGAGCUCGCCGUGGUGAAGGCGCGGCUGGCCACCACCUCACACGCGCAGACACACGCUGAGAUAGAAGCGCUCAGGGAGGAGGUGGCAGCUUUGAAUGAAGCUGUAGAAAGGGACAGGGCCACACAGAAAGAGACAGCCGCCCGCGCGAGGGAACUCGAAGCUAAAGUUAAAGAUAUAAAGGGGCAUAGAGAGAGAGAGUUCAAAAAAGCUGAAGAAGCUUUAAAUAAGGCUAAGAGAGAGGCGGAGCACCACGGCGGGCUGUGGCGGCAGCGCUCGCAGGAGCUGCAGACGCUGCGCCUCGAGGUGGGCGAGCUGCAGGCCGCCGUGCAGGCCGCCGCGCAGCAGCUGCAGGACACGCAGGCCGCCGCCGCAGACCUGCGCGCCGCGCUGGCCGCCGCGCAGGCCGCCCACCACGCCGCCGCCGAAGCUGUAAAAGAAAUGCAAGCUCGCAUCAAGCUGCAGAAAGAGGAGAUAGCGAGUCGUAACAGCGACAUCGCAAGGCUCGUACAGAAGAAGGAACAGCUGAGCAAGCAAAACGGGGAAAUAGAGUUAAAGAUCAAGGAGCUUGACCUCAAGAUUAAAGAGUUGACGGUUGAGGCCGCUGAGUGCCAGAAAAAGAUUGUAGCGAUGGAAGAAGAGCACUCAUGGAUCCCGGCGGAGCGCGAGUUCUUCGGCGCCCCCGGAGGAGUGUACGACUUCGAGGCGCGACAGGCCAGCGUGGCGGGCGCGCGCCUGCAGCAGCUGCGCGAGCGCCGCGACCGCCUCGCGCGCGGACUCAACGCGCGCGCGCACACGCUGCUCGGCAAGGAGGAGGAACAGUACGCAGAUGUCUUGCGAAAAAAGCAGAUCGUAGAAAACGACAGAGCGAAGUUAGUGGAAGUCAUGGCGGAACUGGAUGAGAAGAAGAAGAAGACUUUAGUGACAGCCUGCGAGCAGGUCAACAGGGACUUCGGGUCCAUCUUCAGCACUCUGCUGCCGGGGGCGCAGGCCAAGCUCAAGCCGCCCGACGGACUCACUGUGCUCGACGGACUUGAGGUGAAGGUGGGCUUCAACAACACGUGGAAGGAGUCCCUGGGCGAGCUGUCGGGCGGGCAGCGGUCGCUGGUGGCGCUGUCGCUGGUCCUGGCGAUGUUGCUGUUCAAGCCGGCGCCGCUCUACAUCCUGGACGAGGUGGACGCCGCGCUCGACCUGUCACACACGCAGAACAUCGGACAGAUGCUCAAGGAACACUUCAAGCACUCGCAGUUUAUAAUAGUGUCUUUAAAAGACGGUAUGUUCAACAACGCUAACGUGCUGUUCCGGACGCGGUUCGUCGACGGAAUGUCCAGCGUACAACGCACUGUCAACUCACGCUGAGAAUCUCCGCCCCAGUCAACAUUAAAUAUAACUUUCUGUACAAAUAAAGAUCAAAUUCGCCAACGAAACACCCGGUAUCAAGUCCCAUGUCGUUAAAUGUGGAAGCCCAACCGUAAGAUUUUAGCACAUUAUAUUUCUUAUGACGCCCGCAAAUGUCCAUAAAGUGUCUUUCUCCUUAUAGAUCUGUACGUUAAAACACGUUGUUUAUGACUUAUUUGUCGUCAGUGUUUGCACUAGGACCUCUAAACAUAAUGAUGUAAAUAUUAAAAUAAGGUACAUGGUUAAGUAUUUUCAUAAGGAAUUGAACUAAUGUGGCCGAAGGUGGCUGUCCAAGACUUCAAAAAAUGUAUUGCACUGGUUGCCUUGCAAGACUGAAUAUGAUUCGAAAAGGUUCUAAAAUGGAGAAUAAGAAAACUUAUUUUGUGGUGUCGAGCGUGAUAUUAACUUAAAAAAAACUUUGUGAAACUGUAAGUGCUCAGUUAGGAAUACGAUGGAUGCAGAGCCUGUUGCAGGCCACACCAGUUGUGUAAAGUACAAUAAACAAUAACUUUUAUGUUCACAAGGUAUUACUAUUAGAAUUAUCAUUUAUUUGAAAAACAUUUGGGUUGUUCUAUUUAGAUAGUGACAGAAAACUAUCGCAAUGCAACACAGUACGGUUUAAAAUAUCGAGGUUUGUUGAUUAACCAUGAAGCAAAGGGAUAACGACAUAUCAAAAUGUAAUUUACAAUUAUAUGUUAGCGUAUCAAGCGCAGUCACAAUAUGUAGUAUACGAUUACUAUUACCGAUUUCGUACAUACGUAUUUCUGUUAGCACUAGAAUUGAAAAUAGCACGAUAACACAAAUCUGUUAAGAUUAUCACUAGCAAUCUAAAAAUUUUGGCGGGAAAUGCCUUAUUACAACCAAAUAAUAUAGUAUAAGUUGUGUGUUUAUGUAGAUCAUUUUGAUGUUUCGGUGUUUGCAUAUUAAUGUCCAAUGUACAGUUAAUAUUGCAAGUAAUAACAUAAAUAUGAUAUGAAAUAAAGACUUACUGUCGUA